UCAUUCAGGUCCACGAACUCAUCAUGAACAUCGCUCUGAUCAUCUCCCCUGAGACUCUGAUAUUCUGUUGCGUAGUUGCUGCAUUGUUGCUUCUGGUUGUGUUGAAGAGCAUGCUGGGACAUCGGCGGACCUCCAGAGGUCUCAAAGCGCUGCCGUGUUUGCCGAGCGUCCCUCUCCUAGGCAGCCUGCUGCACCUGCGCUCUGCUCUUCCUCCACAUCUGCUGUUUUCCAAGCUGGCUGGGAGAUACGGGCCGCUCUUUAGUCUGUACAUGGGGCCGCACUACACGCUGGUGGUGAGCGAGGUGACACUGGCUAAAGAGAUGCUGCUGCACAAGGGCAAAGACUUCGCCGGACGGCCCAAGAUGGUUACCACAGAUGUGCUGACUCGUGGAGGGAAAGACAUUGCUUUUGCAGACUACAACACCCUGUGGAGGAGUCACCGCAGACUAGUGCAGUCCUCAUUCGCACUGUUUGGAGAGGGUUCCAGCAAGCUCCAGACCAUUGUACUAGAUGCUGCAGAUAACCUGUGUUCGGACCUGCAGGCCUGCAGGGGGCAGGAUGUGGAUAUGGCGCCAAUCCUAAUGCGAGCCGUCACCAACGUGGUGUGCAGACUGGUUUUUGGGUCGACCUAUGACCCCCAUGACCCCGAGCUCCAGCAAGUCAUAGACUACAAUGAUGGUAUUGUCCAGACUAUUGCACGUGGAAACCUGGUGGAUAUCUUUCCGUGGUUACAGAUUUUUCCCAAUAAAGACUUGGCAAGACUGAGAGAGUGUGUGUAUAUCAGAGACAAAUUACUGACCACAAAACUGGAGGAGCACAAGCUGACCCUUACACCAGGAGAACCACGUGACCUCCUAGAUGCCCUCCUGAGUGGAUCAGGUGAUGAAAGCGGUGUUACCGAAGAUCACAUUUUGAUGACAGCAGCUGAAGCGUUUGGAGCCGGAGUAGAAACAACGUCCACCACUUUACUCUGGACCGUAGCGUUUUUACUACACUAUCCAGAAGUGCAAGAACGUCUUCACGCUGAGCUGGACGAGUGUGUGGGCAGGGAGCGACACCCUUCUCUGAGUGACAGGACCAGUCUGCCAUUCCUGGAGAGCGUGUUGUGUGAGGUUAUGAGAAUUCGCCCUGCCAGUCCUAUCCUCAUCCCCCAUGUUGCUAUGCAGGACACCAGUUUAGGAGGUCAUGAUGUUCCAAAGGGAGCAAGAGUCUUGGUGAAUAUCUGGGGAAUCCACCAUGACCCAAAAUACUGGGAAAAACCUGACCAGUUCAUACCAGACAGGUUCCUGGAUGGCUUGGGUAAGAAGAUAACUCCCAACAGUUACCUUCCCUUUGGGGCAGGGCCCAGAGUGUGUGUGGGUGAAUCGUUGGCCCGGAUCGAGCUCUUCCUGUUCCUCAGCAAUCUUCUGCAGAAGUUCCAUUUCAGUGUCCCUUUUGGCGCUUCCCUGCCUGAUCUGCGCGGGCGUUCUGGAGUCGUGCUUCAACCACGGCGCUACACGGUCACAGUGAAACCGCGGCGCUGACCAUAACCAUGGCCGCAAUGAUAUAACUAUCUAUAUCUAUAAUAUUGAUUUUUAGGUGUCAUCUGGUUGUUCCAUAUGCUACAAUAUGCAAAAUAUUAAUAAAGAUAACAAGAAGCUUAUAAAGAAGUUAGUAUAAUAAUAUAAGUAAAGCCAGAAGGUCUGAUGUUUUUUUUUUAUUAUGUAAUGGUAUUUUACUUUUAGAGAUUUUUAUUUCUUUA